AUGGAAAUUAAUGUGGGAUCAAGUAGCAGUGAUGUGAGAUCAGUUGAGCUGAGGAGGAAAUUGCAUCUGAGAGUUAAAAUGGCUGACACGGCUAGUCUAAGAGGGUUAGGAAAGAAGCUGAAGACAGUCCAACAACUCACUUUAGUGAGGAGAUAUGGAAAUAUUUUGAGAUUGAUGGAAGUGAAUGUGCAAGAAGAUGCCAUAACAGCUUUAGCCCAGUAUUAUGAUUCCCCAUUGAGGUGCUUCACUUUUCAGGAUUUUCAGUUAGCUCCGACCUUAGAGGAAUUUGAGCAAAUUCUAGACUUGCCUUUGGAGGGUCAACAGCCAUAUCGCCCUAUGGAACAUCAUGCAUCUCUACCAACUAUUGCCAAUGUCUUAAGGAUCCAUCCAGCAGAGUUGCAACAAGCUUAUCAAGAAAGACAUCAGAAUAGGGGAUUCACAAGAGAUUUUCUUGAACGACACAUGCAUAAUUUGGUAGAAAAAGAACAUUGGGAAACUUUCAUGGAUGUCCUAGCACUCACCAUUUAUGGCAUUGUCCUCUUCCCAAGGCAUGACAACUUUGUGGAUUUAGCAGCGAUAGAUGUGUUUCUUGCAUGCAAAAAUCGAUCUGAAAAUCCUGUUUCUGCAAUACUAGCUGAUGUUUAUUGUACACUGAGUUUCUGCGAUGAAAGGAAAGGAAAGAAGAUUAUAUGUUGUCUACCUAUGCUUUAUAUAUGGCUCACAGCUCAUGUCUUUAAAAGGCCAAGUGAGAUCAAGUGUCUGAUCGCUGAUUUGCUGAGGUUUCAAAUUGGGCAAAAAAAUGGUCAAGAGUGGGCUAAUCACCUAGCUAGUUUGAAUGAAGGACACAUCAGGUGGCACACUCCAUGGUAA